AUGCAAAUUCUUCUACCAGCGCUUCUUGCUCUCGCAAGUUGCGGGAUUUCCCAUGGCCAUGUACAGCACCAUAGCCAUGGGAAGCGCAACAACGCAACACAAUUGCCAGAGUUUACUCCAUCACCCCAAUUGCCAAAGAACUCGUCUUCGGCUCUGCGGCCUCUCUACGAGGCUUAUUCAAAGAGCAAGCCCAAGUUCGAGAACGAGGCCCUCAUCCGGCAAUUGUCUCAGCAUCCGGGUAAAAGAAUUGACAACCUUGAUUCUGGCUCUCUGCGCAAACGAGACCUUCCCACAGGCACUUGCGCACCUGGAGUACCAUGCACAAAUGGAGCAUGUUGUUCCAACACUGGCGUUUGCUCCUAUGCCCCCUCGAGUUGCGGGGCUGAUGUCUGCAUUUCCAACUGCGACGCGCAAGCUCCUUGUGGCGAAUACGCGAACCCCGACAAUGCAACGUGCCCUUUGAACGUGUGCUGUUCGCAAUACGGAUUUUGUGGCAGCACUGAUGACUUCUGUGGCACUGGUUGUCAGGAGGGAUAUGGCGGCUGUGGAGAUGCUCCGACUCCCUCUUGCUCUAGUGGUAGCAACUCUGCAAUGGCGCGGCGCAUUGGGUACUACGAGAGCUGGGCAACGGAGCGGCCUUGUGAUGUGUUUACACCUGAAGACCUCGAGCUGACGGGUCUAACGCACAUCAAUUUUGCUUUCUCCUUCUUCGACCCAUCUACUUUCGAAAUCUCACCCAUGGACUCAAAUGCGGCCUCCCUUUUAUCUCGUUUCACAGCACUCAAGUCAAAGCAACCGGGACUGCAGGCUUGGCUAUCAAUCGGCGGCUGGUCUUUCAACGAUGCGACGAAUACGCCAGACACGCAGCAUGCCUUCAGUGACAUGGUCAGCUCCUCGGCAAAUCGCCAGGCCUUCAUCACUUCACUGCGGAAUUUCAUGCAAACAUAUGGCUUUGACGGUGUGGAUAUUGAUUGGGAGUACCCUGCUGCCGACGAUCGAGGUGGCGUUGCAGCCGAUUUCUCCAACUUCCCAACCUUCCUGGCCGAAUUGAGGGCCUCAUUCGGAAGCGGAUUGGGAAUUAGUACCACACUGCCAUCCUCAUAUUGGUAUCUUCAGCAUUUCGACGUUCUGAACAUGGAGCCUAGCGUCGACUGGUUCAACUUUAUGAGCUACGACAUCCAUGGCGUCUGGGACUCCAGCAAUAAGUUCACGGGGCCUUACAUCCGUCCGCACACCAAUCUUACUGAAAUCAACGACGGUUUGUCCCUGCUGUGGAGAGCCGGAGUCGACUCAUCCAAAGUUGUGCUUGGGCUGGGAUGGUACGGGCGUUCCUUUACGCUCGGUGAUUCGUCUUGCACCACGCCUAAUGGUGUAUGCCAGUUCACCACCGGUGGUAAUGCGGGAGAGUGUACGCAGUCAUCCGGCACGCUUUCCAACGCAGAGAUCAAACGUCUUCUAGCGGCUGGAACGGGAACCGAAUCAUAUGAUGCCACUGCUGGAGUCCGCUGGCUCACCUUUAAUUCGAACCAGUGGGUUAGCUUCGACGAUGGAGUGACAAUGCAGCAGAAGAUUUCCUUCGCGAAUAGCCAGUGUCUUGGGGGUAUCAUGAUUUGGUCAAUCGACCAGGACAACACCGCUGGCGAUAGUAUGAACGACUUGAUGGGUAUCGGUACAGCAAACGGAGUGUCAGAGGCAGCUGCCGCUUCAUUCAAGGAACAGAUGGCCAAUGCCACGCUGCAGAACGCCGUUGCCUCUAGCUGCUACUGGUCCCUGUGUGGAGACACCUGUACGACCGGAUAUUUCGAUGUAACUGACGCCCGCGGCCAAAUUGCCGGCUAUCAGUCGCAGCCCGUAUGUUCUCCAGGCGAAGCCCAGACACUAUGCUGCGCUCCAGGCACCUCUAUGGGCACCUGUCAAUGGGAAGGUUGGAGAGGUGUGGGAAUGCCAUGCUCACCAGCAUGCUCCGACCCCGACGCCACCAUUGUCGCCCGUAAUACCAACUCAUACGUGGUGAAUGAUGGAGGUCAGCUUGAAGAUCUGACCUGCACUGGUGGCUAUCAGGCAUAUUGCUGUACGGGAUUUGUUCCUUCAUCGAUCACCAAUUCGGGCUCCCUAAACCUUUAUGGCCAGACGACUACUACGGUCAGCAAGAGAGACGGUUCAAAGAAUGGUCUCGUUCUCUAUGCAGGCGGCCACGCAGUUGAAAAGCGUGGUGCAGGUUUGGCGGCCUUGAUAGCCGGCGAGUUGGGCGCUCUCUGCGUCGCUGACCUCCUCCCGUCAGCCCUUGGAGCAUUCAUGUCUUUCGGCCUAUCUCUUAUUGGGGAGGGGGCAGUAUGCGCUGCUGCGGCCCUUGCCGGCCUUGCUACUGCGGCCAUCAUCGGGUGGUCGAUUCUUUCCAGCAUAGGUGGGUGGCUUUUCGGUGGAUCUCCAUCUAAACCCAACGUGGGCGUCCCAACUACAGUAGCGGGCCGAGCUGCGUACGGCCAGUGGCCUAUUCUCGACUUUAGCGGCGGCACUACGACGAGUACCUGCGAUUGUGUGGUCACAUAUACGUGUCGCUACGGCAUGGGUUGGGAUGAGAUUUGUGAUAACCAAAGAUGGGGAAUCAACAAGCUGCUCAACGGAAGGACCGUCUAUCAGCCAUUGACAACGAGCCGCGCUGUCGGUGCUAACCAAGCACUAUGGAGAGGCCAGCGCAUUGGGGCCUACCGAACUAGGGCUCAAGUAAGGCUUCCUGACUCAAGAUUUCGAUGUGAAGUUGAUGAAUUUCCUAUGGGUAACCUGGCAGAAUCGGGAAAUAAGGCCCCGCAAGUUUGCCGUCUAGUUAACGGUCCUGCGAAUGGGAGACAGGGAAAUGAUUAUAAGGCGUGGAAAACGGCGCAGUGGCAUCCUUGCUCGACGUACCGCUCUGCCGUGUGCAGUAGUAAGGACGGUGGGCCGCCUGCAACCUGGGCGUUUGGGCCACUGCCCGCGGGUCGCGGUAGUGGCAGUGGGCAACACUUCAUCGAUGCUUACGGUUUCGACGAUCAAACGGCCGGCUCGUCUUGCUGGGCUACAUACACUUACACUGAUUCACCUGGAGUCAUCAGCACCUCCACGGUUGUUGACCAUGGCUUUCGCGUUCUCGACGAUGAUCCCAUGUACGGUAACGCCUAUGGAUGGCCUCGACAGUCCUGGCGCCUCGAUCCAGCUCCGAUCGCGAACCAGCCAAACCGGCCCUAUGACUCCCAACCGGCCGUAUUCCAGCGAAGAGACCUUCUCGGCAACGGCACAUGGUCUGAGGAAGAUAGCGACCCCGCUGGCGUCUGCCACGCAGACCUCAGAUCGCUUGGCAAUGGCAACCAGGAUGCCUAUCUUGAUCUUGAUUAUGAUAAUCUGCUCUUUGUCGAUAUGGAAGGCAACCCUGUCGACGGUCGGACAUGUAAUGUCAUCUACGAAGAUGACGACCCGUACUCUGAACUACGUCUCAUGCUGAACGAGGAAGGACAUGUCGUGGACAUGUAUAUGGGCGACGUGGAGGCUGGUUCGUGGACAAGAGAGGCGUUCAAAAGUUCCAAGUCGGACACGGUGACUGUUGAUCCCACCACCGUCACUGUCACGACGGGCGUUGCGGCGGGCAGCGAGUCUCGACCCACGUUCCCUGCCAGUACGAUUGGCGUGCAGACGACAUCGGGAACUGUGGUAACACCGGCGCCGUAUGUGUACGGUCUUUGA